UGGGCUAGACCAGGGCGGGAUGGCUGGGUCUGGGCAGGAGGCCUGGAAUUCCAGAGCUCUCACCUUGGCUACUCACUCCCCCGCCUGCCUCAGGCACAAUUACCUUUUUUUUUUUUUUCCCUUAGCUUGGUUGCUGCACCUGCGAAAUGGAGACAAUACCUCCUUGCAGGAAUGUUUUGCAAAUUACGUAGGUGGAGCUGAGAACCUUCAAAGUGAAGAAUCUCUUUAAAGAAAAAGAAGUGUUUAAGAACAAGUUGAAAUCAUCACAGAAGGAUAAAGUGCGUCAGUUUAUGGUCUUCACACAGUCUAGUGAAAAGACAGCAGUGAGUUGUCUGUCUCAAAAUGACUGGAAGUUAGAUGUUGCAACAGACAACUUUUUCCAAAAUCCUGAACUUUAUAUACGAGAGAGUGUUAAAGGAUCACUGGACAGAAAGAAGUUAGAACAACUGUAUAACAGAUACAAAGAUCCUCAAGAUGAAAAUAAGAUUGGUAUAGAUGGAAUACAGCAGUUCUGUGAUGACCUAGCUCUUGACCCAGCCAGCAUCACUGUACUCAUCAUCGCAUGGAAAUUCCGGGCUGCAACACAGUGUGAAUUUUCAAAGCUGGAAUUCAUGGAUGGAAUGACUGAACUGGGGUGUGACAGCAUAGAAAAACUGAAGGCCCAGAUUCCUAAAAUGGAACAAGAAUUAAAAGAACCAGGAAGAUUUAAAGAUUUUUAUCAAUUUACUUUCAACUUUGCAAAGAACCCAGGACAGAAAGGUUUAGAUUUAGAAAUGGCCAUUGCCUACUGGAAUUUAGUACUAAAUGGAAGAUUUAAAUUUCUAGACUUGUGGAACAAAUUUUUGUUGGAACAUCAUAAACGAUCAAUUCCUAAGGAUACCUGGAACCUUCUUCUAGACUUUAGUACAAUGAUAGCAGAUGAUAUGUCUAACUAUGAUGAGGAAGGGGCAUGGCCAGUUCUUAUUGAUGACUUUGUGGAAUUUGCACGCCCUCAAAUUGCUGGGACAAAAAGUACGACAGUGUAGCACUAAAGGACCCUUCUAGAGUGUACAUAGUCUGUACAAAUACCUGAAAUGGAAAAUUGCACAGUCAAUUUCUGCUGGCUGGACUGAACUGAAGAUCAAUCCUCACAAUAUGGCUGAGGGUUGAGACAAACCUUUAAGGAUACAUCUUGGACCAUAUCAUAUUUCAUUCUUCUACUGGUGGUUUGGGCUUUUCUUCUAGUCUGGACCACUCUUGCCCGUUAAAAUUCCAACACUGUGGAUUUCAUCAUGGAUUUAUUUUUUGUUGGUGGAUCACCCUAGUUUCAUCUCCCAUAAGUCCUAGAAGCAUUAUAAUUAUUUUGAGGUUUCUGAUUUCACAUAAAGCACAACGCUGGUUGGUCGUCAUCAUCAGACAACUGUUGUAUGGCAUCUGGAUUAUACAGAUCAACAUCAAAACAAUUUUUAAAAGAAUCCUUAAAUAUACAUUUGGGGCUAGUUGCAAAGACUGUACUUAUAGCACUUCCUGCAAGAGUGGUAUGCUUAAGUGUACUGGGUCUGAGUUUUUUCUUUUCUGGAAAAGUGCAGGUGUCGUCUGAGUUUGAGUCUCUGGUCACAGCAGUGCCAGGAAUGACCAAGAAGCCCCAGGGCUGGUGUCUGGGGGUCUCUGGUGCCUGGCUGAGGUUUGCUGGGGGCUCAGCUGCUCUGGGGACAGCUGGGGGACAACACAACUCGAGCACUUCCACCCUGUGGGCAAUGGCAGAGCUGUGUCCUUACAGAACCAGUGUUCUCUAGGUUACUCUGAGAAAUCAGAUUUCGUUGCAGUUUUGAAAUGCUUACCUGUCUGUCAAAGACAGGUUUUUCAUUUCUGUGGAAAUCAAACACUUGAAUAUACUGAAUUUGUGUCUUAACUGUUUGCUACACAAUACAGUAUUUUAAAUUGAGACAUGAGACUUUUAUGGCUGAGGUGUGACAAAGCAAAUGGCCCUGUUGUAUAAGAAGAUGGUGAGGUUGAUGUGAAUCUGGGUUUUGAAACUGUUACCCUGGGAAGUUAAAUCUUGGUAACAUAGAGGUACUGCCAUUAUGGAGGACACCCUUUUUAAAAUUAUUUCGCUGAGUUUUCCUUAAAUUGACAUAUCACUGUGGUUGCCAAAUACAGAAAUUAAGAGUAAAGCUUUCCCAAACAAGAACAGAUCAGGUACAAACUACUACACUGGCUUUGUUUAAAUUAUUUUGUGGAUCAUCACUACUUCUGUCUUGCUGCGUUUGACUAAAUCGCUUCAUUUGGAUCAAAGCAGGUUUUAUCAGAUGCAAUUCUUUAAUAAUUCAAGAGCUCUUCAGCUGCUUUUAUAGUCUUCUACUCCUCACUGAGUUACUUGUGAAGAGAUGUGAUAAAUCCUGCUCUGGAAAACAAGCUGGAAACAAUGAGCUCCAGGAGAGCAGACAGACCAUACUUAUGAGUGAGAAGAGGGGGUUUGAGUUCGUGCUCUAAAUAGUGCCCUGAUAAGGCCAGAAUUAUUUUUGAGAUGAGUCAUUGGUACUUGCACUAGACUGCAGCACGAUUUUAUGCAGAAGCUAAAAGUAUUUUAGGGAAAAAUUGACCAUUAAACAGCUAAAAUUUUUAUUUGUAUUCUGUGCAGUUGACCCUAAGGCUGGCUCCCCUUACAGCAGUGCCCUUUUGGUAAAUCCAGUUGUGCAUUUAUUAAAAAAAUACAGUUCCUCAAAGACAUUGCAGACUUUAUCCAGCUACUGGAAUUGGCUACGCCAAAAACUGUGUGUUUUGCUGCUUUUAGUAUUUCCUUUGUCAGUUUUGUGUAAAUAAAAACGGGAACUUGAAAUUAUGGGGGUGGUGGGGGGGGGGAGUUAAAAAAAGCUCGACAAGGUUAUCUCUGCGUGCUGUUUUCUGUCUUGAGGGUUUUGGUACUGUUUCAGAUUGAUUAGUUCAAGUAUGCUGUGUUUGGAGAGAACUGACUGGCUUGUCCCUCCAGAAAGUCUGGGAUUGGGCAGUGGCGAAAUGCCGUGGUGUUUUAGAGACUCUUCCUUUUGAAUGCAAGAUCUUUCCAACAAAAUAGUGUUGUCAUCAGUUUGGUACUACAUGCUUAUAAUUACUGUGUAAUUAUAAAGAAAUACAUAAAAACUUUGACUAAUUAUGUUGCGGAAAAGGGUUAUUUGUGCUAUCAUGGCAUCUUAAAAGUUUUUCAAAAUGACUGAAGUUGAAAGAAACAUUGAGAUAACAGGGUGUUGUUCUAAGGACAAAAUGCCUGGUUACAGGGAAUAUUUUGUACUGAAAUAUGCUCGGAUGUGGCCAUGUGGCUUUUUCCUUUAUAUAUGUGUGGGGUUUUUUUAUUUUUUAUUUUUUUUUUGUUUGUUUGUUUGGUUGGUUGUUUUUUUUAAGAAUGCAGCCAGUUGCUUACUUGGAUUGCUUUAAUUCGUAAGUGCUUAUGUCUUCAAUUUGACCAUCUCCCUGCAAAUGGAUCGAUUUAAUUUUGCCAAAUGUCAAGGGAAAAAAAAAAAAGAAGGCAAACAUCAACUUUGUAAACUGUUUUUAUACAUUAAGAUAUGUACAAAAUUAGAAGUGCCCUGAUAUAAAACACUUAAUCUUGAGAUUAUAUUUAGUAAAAAUCCAUCAUUUACAUAUCUCUGUAAGUUCAAAAUGUAACUUCUUACAAUCCCUCUCAUUACCAAAGGAGGCAAUAAAGCUCCAGUGAAAUUGCCAUGACUGAGGUUUGUACUGCAUUGUUUCAGUGUAUUAUUUGUAAAACUUGUUUCUGGAAUGUGCUUUUAGGGAGUGGGGUAAAAAAAACCAUGGAAUACCUGUGUUCUGCAUAAAAUACAGUUCAAGGCAAGUCUUUUUUUUGGGGGGGGAAAAAAAAAAUCUAAAAACUGCUCCUCCACCUUGCCUAUUGCUUGUUCCCAGUGUUUACAAGUC